AUGGCCGAUCACAAAGAUGUAAUUGAGAAACCUAAACUUAGAAUAAAUCAUAACUUUUUGGAGAAAAUGGUUGAUAUUUACACGAAUGAGAUCUAUUACAAGUUUGAGGCUGAAGUGUGUGACAGCUUUAACUACAAGUUACAGUUUGUUAGGGCAACUGACAAUCAGAGUGUGUAUCAAAUUCAAAGAAAGAAGCUCGCAACAAGUAAAGUCUGCGAAAUUGUUUACGACAAGGACUUGGAUUUGGUUUCUUGUAGUUGUAAAAAGUUCGAAAGCGUCGGAAUUCCAUGUACGCACAUUAUAUCAUAUUUGAUGAAAAUUGAUGCUGAAAUAUUGCCUGAUAAAUACAUCUUAAAGAGGUGGACUAAGUCUGCAAAAUCGAGGACAGUGGAUGAUGAUAAAGAAACGAGGAAGAUGUUUACCGAUGGAGUGCGUAUCAUUAAUGAGCAAAUCGACCAAUUUUUUAGUAGCCACAUGGUUAGUGGUCGCACGGUUGCAAAGAGCUUCACCGAGAAAAGUAAUCAAAUGAGUAGUAAUUUAAUGGAUGAUGGUACUAGUGUGUAG